AUGGGCUUCAGUAAUGUUACCGGGUUACCAGAUGAGCUGUGCGGCUUGUUGGGACUGAAGCAGUUACUCAUUGUGUCGCAGUCUCUUCGCGAUCUGCCUAUUGCGUUCGAGUGUCUCACCUCCCUGGAGCAUCUCUCGCUUCGCAGCUGUCCUAUAGGCCAUCUCCCGAGCGAUUUAGGUCAGCUUCGUAACAUCAAGAUUCUCAGCCUCUCGUAUCUGCCACGCCUCGCUACUCUUCCGGAGUCCAUCGGUCAAUUGCCCGCGCUCUCCCACCUUUCUAUCGACCAUUGUCCCCGAUUCGCCAAGCUACCAGAGAAUCUCUUCGAGCUGCCCGACCUGGAUACGCUGCAUCUAGACGAUCUGGCUGCUCUCACCGCUCUUCCCGAUUCGUUCGGCCAGCUGCCCGCUGGCCAUCCCUUGGGAUCUCCCGCCCUCCGGACUCUCACGAUCCUCAAUUGUUCACGCCUAUCCUCGCUCCCUGUCAAUAUCGGUCAGUUUUCCGCUCUUCAGCAGCUGAAUCUGAAGUUCCUUGAUCAGCUUAUGGCUCUUCCACAAUCCCUGGGGUUCCUCACGGCGAUGAAGGAGUUGAAAGUGGUUGAGUGCGCCAAUCUCGAGAACCUCCCCGAGUCUGUAUCCGCCAUGGGAGCGCUCACAGGCCUCAUUCUUGACGGCUGCUCUUUUUCAGGCCUGCCCGGAGACAUCGGGCAGCUGCAAAACUUGGUCACUGUGAAGCUGUUUUCUACAGGCCUUUCACACCUGCCUGACUCGUUCGGGCAGCUAGGGCAGCUGAAAGAGCUUACCAUUUACGAAUGCUACGACCUAUUCGAGCUCCCUGCCUCGUUCACCAACCUCUCUUCACUAGAAUUGCUACUCAUCUAUGGUGGAUCCUCGCUUACGGACUUGCCUCUGGGUUUUGAGAAGCUGUCGCCUAUCUCCCUUCCGCAAUCUGUAGCAAUUAUUAUCAUCUCAAAUGUCUUUAAGUCAUCCCACUACCUCCCGGAGUCCCUCCUUUCCCUUGACCGCCUUCUUCAUCUGAACGCUGGGUUGGGGAGCCUGUCGUCUCUGGUUCACCUUCACAUUGUCAACACCAACCUCCCUGCGCUUCCAGAGAACCUAGGCGACCUGAAAGAGCUGGCAGUGCUGCUGCUAGAGAAGUGCCAUGCCAUGACGUCCCUCCCCUCUUCCAUUGCUACGCUUUCCAAACUGGAGCAGAUUGAUCUCAAGUCCCUUUCUCGGCUGACUCACUUGCCCGAGAAUCUCGGGCAGCUGAAGGCACUCAACGAGUUGGGUUUAGAUUCAUGCAAAAGCCUGCAGGACCUUCCAUCUUCCUUCACUCUCCUCUCCUCCGUCAUACAACUCAGCAUCAUCAACUGUCCUAAAAUUACUGGUCUUCCGGAACCCCUCUCCUCCUUUACCCGCCUUUCCUCUCUGAAACUCAACCGUCUGCCGAAGCUACGUUUUCUGCCUUCUCCAUUCUCCCUCCCAUCACUCAUCCAAGUCUCGCUGCAAGAAUGCAAGGCGCUGAGGGCUCUGCCCAGCGACUUGGGCAGUUUGUCCUGUCUGAGGGAGGUGGACCUGGAUGGGUGUAAGCAGCUGAAGGAGCUGCCGCAAUCGCUGGUGGAUAGAGUGAAUGUGAUUGAAGUGAAGGGUUCCUGGGGAAAGAGCUCUGAUAUGGAGGAGGUUCCUGUUUGGUAG